CUGCGUAUGUAUUAAUACUAGUAUCCUAGUCACGGAGCUUGGGGCUGCUUGACGACAUGGACACCAGCCUGAGAGAUACUAGUUCACUGUUACGAGUUCAUGAAUGCAUGAUGAUCCCAUCUAACCCUCGUGCUGCAGACCGCAAGGCAGGCCCAACACAGCCCAAAACCUUACCCGACUACAGAGAAAGGCCAGAGACCAGAUCUGCCGACCGUUCAACGAGCAAGUGUAGCCUACCAUUCUAUAAUCCCAUCCCCCACCACAGAUCCAUACUGACCCUUUCAUUCCGGAGAACUCCCAUUAGCACCGGCACUCUGGCACACUACCUUCUCCCUCCCCCCCCUCCUCCCACUACCGCCCUGCAUCAUCACAGGCAGCACAACAGUUUGCCUCACCCUUGGCUGGCUCUGCAACCCCUGUCCCUGCCACUGUCCUUGACCAAACGCCGGCCGCUGCCCGCAAUCGCUGAAUCUGAACUGAACUCCUGCUUUGCUGGAGCUGGGCACAUAGGCCUCGCCCUUACGGAUUCUGCGGUUGCCCUGCUGCUGUUCUCGCAGGACCUGAUUGUUUUGUUUCUGAAGUCGGUCGUGUUUGGGCUGGGACAGCCGCCGGUGGGGGAUGGGCAACUCCGAUGUCGAUUUGGGAUUGGCGACACGGAAAUGGCUGAGUCGAGAAGCGAGAUUGGAGAUUGACCUGCGAAGGGCGUUGUUGUUGUUCAGUUUCUGGUGUUGCUGGGCAUGUUCUUGCUGCGCUCGAUGUGGUCUGUUUCGCUUGGUUGAACUGCCAUCUUGCUGCAGCUUGCUGGUGUGGGAAACGCGGGCAGGGCGUGCGGAUUGGCGGCCUGCUUCUUCUUUGCUGCUGCCGCGGCUCGGAACUUUGCGGCCUUGGCUUCGGCGACGAUGUUCUUCAAAGGGGCUU